UGUCUUCACUAACGCUGUCAGUGUCGAAGCUAGCACACGCCCGCCACACUUUGAGCACUAAGGCUACAUUUUGGACGAGAUAUCAGCCACCGGUUUGAAUUCAGCACGACGGGACCGAGCACGUAAAGGUCCCUGAACGUGUCGCCGGUGGACUUUCUCUACGCGGCAGCUGCGUCAAUCCGAGAGUCUCACUUUGAAAACAAGCAGCCGAAGCUAAAGCCAAGAACACGUUGCCUUUUGUCGGAACGCGGUUGAGAACUGGGUCGCAGGUGUCGCGGGGGUCGGGGUAAAGCAUCGCGGUCCGGCUUCAGCUCGGUGUCAAGAGAAAGCCCCUCGAUCUCCGCCCUCAGGAUGCCAUGCCACAACCAGCAGCUGAACAAUGUGAGCAGCGGCCAGGAGCUUCCCAUGAAGCAAGUGCGCUUUGCAAGCAGCAGCAGCAGCAACAACGUGCCCGCAGCGCUGUCCCACUCCGAGCCCACCGACGGCCUCACACAGCCCCACAGCCCGCAGGACCUGGGGCCGCAGCUUAAGCUGCUCCCCCUCAACGACCAGAUCCGGGAAUUACAGACCAUAAUCAGGGACAAGACAACCAGCAGAGGGGACUUUGUAUUUUGUGCUGAUCGACUGAUCAGACUGGUAGUUGAAGAGGGUUUGAAUCAGCUCCCGUACUCUGAGUGUACCGUUACCACGCCAACAGGGUACAAGUAUGACGGUGUCAAGUUUGAAAGAGGCAACUGUGGAGUCAGCAUAAUGAGAAGUGGUGAGGCCAUGGAACAGGGCCUCCGGGACUGCUGCCGCUCCAUCCGCAUCGGCAAGAUCCUCAUCCAGAGUGAUGAGGAGACACAGAAAGCCAAGGUCUACUAUGCCAAGUUCCCUCCAGAUGUGUACAGGCGAAAAGUGCUGCUCAUGUAUCCCAUCCUCAGCACUGGGAACACUGUGAUUGAGGCGGUGAAGGUGUUGAUAGAGCACGGAGUCCAACCCAGACAUAUUAUCCUCCUCAGUCUCUUCUCCACACCUCACGGAGCCAAAUCUAUAGUCCAGGAGUUCCCUGAUAUCACCAUCUUGACCACGGAGGUCCACCCAGUGGCUCCGACACAUUUUGGACAGAAAUACUUUGGCACUGACUGAACGUAGGACAACCUGAGGAACAUGAUGUUUUGAGUUCAUUUUGUCUUACUUAUUUAAAUGCACCUCAUGUUCUGCCAAAUACUGAGACUGUAUCUCUCAAGUCCCUCAACUUGAUACAAAAGGAUUCCUGAUUUAUUUUAUUUAUUAGUUUUUUGCCGUGUAGUGUUAUGCAUAAAGAGUUCAACUUGGAUCAUUUUAUU